AAGGAUAUAUGGUCAUCACCUAUGUUUACACAGAGAAAAAAAAUUAAGAGACAAUGAUGACGAUGUUGCCAGAUAAUUUAGUAGAGGAGAUACUAAGUCGUGUUCCGGCCACAUGUCUGAAACGUUUACGAUCAACAUGCAAACUAUGGAACGGUAUAUUCAACGAUAGGAGAUUCGCAAAAAAUCACUUUGAUAAAGCCCCAAAGCAAUAUAUGGUUCUCAAGCUAACGGAGGAAUAUAGGCUUUGCUCAUUCCGUGGUGAGCUUGGACUAAUAGAUCCGCUUUGUUCAGCUCAAUUCAGGAUAUCUCAUGCCUUUCACUGCGAUGGCUUGUUGUUAUGCACCAGCGAAAGCUACAAUAGAAUCGUGGUUUGGAACCCGUGUACUGGUCAAACCAAGUGGAUCACCGAUCCCACCGAUCGUGUCAUGUAUUGGGUAACUUAUACUCUUCGAAGGUGCUACCAAGAAAAUAAUUAUAGCUAUAAAUUAUUGAGACACGUGCCUUGUUACGAGAAGCUAAUAUUUGAAAUCUGUGAGAUCAACUCCGAUUUAUGCUGGAGGAUUCCUCAUGAUGUCACUCCAGACUGCCUAUUACAGGUUCCUCAUUACAGCGUGUAUUUGAAAGGAAAGACCUACUGGUGUGCUUCGGAUUCAAAAGAGUUUGAUGCGUGCAUGCAUUUACUGAGCUUUGAUUAUACAACAGAGAGAUUUGGACGACUGUGCCUUCCUGGCCCGUAUUGUAGACUCCAUACUGUGUCUCUAUCGGUUGUUAGAGAAGAGAAGCUUUCAGUAUUAUUACGACCCCAUGAUAGACUUGGAAACGAGAUAGAGAUAUGGAUAAGCAGUUCUAUUGAUGAUUCCAAAGCUGUGUCGUGGAGCAAGAUCUUCGCUUUGGAUGAUCCUCGUCUUGGCUAUUGCACCCGGACAAGUUUCUUGGUGGAUGAUGAGAAGAAAAUCGCUACAUGUCGUGAAAGGUGGAUACGUAGCCCUGACAAUACCAAGGCCAAGCCCUACUACGUCUUGCAAUACAUUGUUGGGGAGGAUAAUGAAGUCACGCUACUGGAUUUUGGAGCAUCUUCUCAUUUGCAUUCGCAACUUUUGUUUAAUUAUGUACCAAGUCUGGUUCAUAUCCAGUGACACCUAGAGGGCAAAAAGAAACAUUAUUAUUUCCAGCUACUUACAAAUAUUCCAGUGCCUAAGACUUUUAUUUGUUCAAAUUUUACGAUUUUUUUAUAAAUAAAAAUGUUUUACGCAUUCGUAGAUUACUUCAAAAUACUCGAUUCUACUACAGGCAGACUGCUUCGAAACGUUUUACUACAAACUAUUAUAUAGUUAGCCUUCUCAGUGGUUAAUCAUUUAAAUCAUUUUACAUCCUAUAGUAUUUAAAAGAGAAGGCUAGUUAUUUGAAUAGCAGGUUACAUAUAAUAUAUUUAAUAAAAUUAUAUUGUAUAUGGGAUUGGCUUAAGUUUAUGAAUUAUCAUGAGUAUCUCUUAUCAGCUCAAAGACAAAGAAUAAUAAAGACUUUAGGUUAGAACCAACUGUCAUCAUCAGCUCUUAACAACGCCAUACUUUUAAAAAUUAAGUUGCCACCCUCCAAUUCUUUUAUCAAUAACUUAUGUUUUGUCAAUCAACCUAACCUAACAGUCUGAAGACCAGUAGUUAAUGUUAGGCAAGACUAGAAACAUCAAUGUGAAUAAUACAAUAUUUAAUGUAAAUAUUGAUAAAGGUAAAUGUUGAAGUAGACAAUGGAUCCCGAUCAAAUUCAGAAAAAUAACAUAGUAAUAGUCUUAUUGAUAAACAGUAUACUAAGGUGUCGUAAAAUGGAAAUUUGAAGGAAAUAUUGACUAGUAUGAAUCAUUUAAAUACAUUUUUACAGGUACAAGAACAUUGCCUAUCAAUAACUGUAACUUUAGUCAUACUAAAAAUAUCCCACAUCACAUCCACAUAAAAUGUUAUAGUAUGUAAUUAA